UUGGUUUCAUCAAAUUUUCAUCGAUGCAUAGUUGUUAUUAUUAGGUUACUCAAAAAGAACCUGACAGCUUCACUUGCUGAGUUCAAGUGCGAUUUGGUACUGUUCAAUGCGGGCACUGAUAGUCUCGAAGAUGAUCCACUGGGAUGUCUCAAUCUGAGUGAAGAGUGUAUAGUGCGUCGCGACGAGUUGGUUUUCCGUCUGUGCAAGGAGAACGCAAUUCCGAUCGCGAUGGUGACCAGUGGUGGCUACCUGAUGUCAAGUGCUAACGUCAUCGCGAAGUCUAUCCGAAACCUUCAUCAAAAAGAGCUCAUUCAUUUGAAAGCAUAA